CUUCAUCAUCAUCUUUUUCUUCUCUAGGUUGAUUUUGUCAGAUAUUCGUAUUAUGGCACGUCCAGCUAAAAUCAAUCAACGCAAGUAUAUAAAGAAUAAGAACUCUAGAAGAAGGGAAGUCUUAUGGAAUUCUAUUUCUUUAGAAAAAGGGAAGUCUCUAUCAGAUUAUCCGGAAGAGAUAAUCUCGAAUAUUCUCUCUCGCCUUCCAGCUUCAUCUCUUAAUGACCUAAAGCGUGUAUGCAAGAACUGGUUAGACAUAAUCUCUAGUUCUUGUUUCAUACAGUGCCACCUCGCUCGAGUCCAACCAUACCUCAUUGAAAGAAAAACAUUUUGGAAUAAUCAGAUUCGUUCCGUGGAUGUAAAAGAUUCCGAAAUAAGGGUGCGAAAUCUGGUUAUAGGUUGUGAUUGGGAGAUCUUAGCUACCUGUAACGGAUUGCUUUUGAUAAAAGAUUAUCUUCUAGACGACAUUUGUAUCUCCAAUCCAGCUACCAAGCAAUUGCUACGGCUUCCAACAUGUUCUAAAUCUCCGUGUGAUGACUACCAUCUUCUACAUGACUUGGAAUAUUAUGUGGGAUUCGAUUAUGCGGAACUCGACUUUUAUAGGUUUGGAUACGCUCCUUCCACUAGGGAAUAUAAAGUUGUGCACUUCUUCCACGAUGGUUUCCAUCAGUUGUGUGAGAUACUAACCUUAGGUUCGGAUUCAUGGAGAAGGAUUGAUAUCUCGUUUCUCGUUUUGCCAUUGAUAUUCAGUGAGCAACUAUCGCUGAAUAAUGGGGUUUUGCCAUUGAUAUUCAGUGAUCAACUAUCGCUGAAUGGGGUUUUGCACUGGGUGGUUGGUUAUCAUUAUAUAAUGUCUAUGGAUGUUGCCCAAGAGACGUUUGAUGAAACGCGAAUUCCAAGUUGCAUCAGGCCAAAUUAUGAUACGUUUUACAUGGAUGAAACUUUUCAUCUUUCGGAUAUUAGAGGCUCUCCAUCUCUCAUUAACAGAAUCUCUGAUGUUGAAUUUGAGGUUUGGAUCUUGAAGGACUUUCAAAUAAAAGAGUGGAUAAAAUUGCGGAAUAUCGACGGGACUGCAAGAGGCUUAAUUAAUCUUAUUCCUCUUCCUUGCUUGAGAAAUGACGAGGUUGUAUUCCAAUCUCGUGAAAAGAAAAGUGGGCACUUGGUGUUGUCCACCUACGAUUUCAAACUUCAGAAGAUGAUUCAGGGAAUGAUCCAUUGAGAAACACCUGUAGUGGAAGUUUGAUGUGUGUGGAUCUUUUCACACACACAAUCACAACCUUAGCAGGAGGACAAUGGGAAGUGGAUCUAUUUGCUCUGACUUUUCAGGUUAUGUUGUGAUGGAAAAUACAUACAUUUUCUUUUUUAUUUCAUUUGAGUCAGUUUUGUUUCUUAUAAUACUUGUACUAAGCUUUUAACUGUGAUUGUUUCCCUUUGAUAAAGCAGGUUAUUUGCAAAUACCCUGAUUGAUGAGCGUCUGCAAAUGGAUCUUAUAAGUUGUGUCCUGUCCUAAGUAGUUAUAAAAAUAACCUGAUUUUUACAUAUAGGAGAAUGAUAUUAACAGAAAACAAGAAAAUCAGAUGGCAAUUUAGGCAAUAUUCAUGAUUGGUUACCACUACUUGGUCCUUCCCCACCCCUACCUCCCACAUAGAAAGAUCAGAAAAGCUGAGUGUUAAAACCUUGAAUAUUGGCAUUUUAUAAUGUUGUAACUUAGUACUUGAAGAACCGACAACUCUCUAAGAAAAUGAUUGUGAAGUCCUCUACUAGCACGUUCUACUGUGUAAUAAUUGAGGAUUAUUUUUUUUUUCUCAUUCAUCUUUUGGGCUUCUUUUUACAUUUUUCAUUUCUUCAUUGCCCAUCCAAUCAGUAGGGAUGUUGAGGAAGCCAUAAGAAAUUGAAUUUUUUUCAAUCAGAUGUGUGCAUUUGACUUACUGGCCACCAUAGCAGGCAAGUUAUUACUCUUUGGUUUUUUCAACCAUGUUUCAGCGUAACCUUUCCUUUUACAUUUAAAUUAGUUAAAUAGAGUUUGCAGGGCAAAUUUGAAAUUCGACCGAAAAUCAACUUGAUGAGUUUCUUAUUGUCAUAUUUUAUAACUAAGCAUCCACUGUGUCAUGAUGCGUAUUGCACUCUAUAAAAUGGCAUCAUGUUCAUUGAAGCAACUCUAUUCAAUUUGCCCAUGUAUUUUCUAUCUCCCUUCAAACUCAACUAAUGCUAAAAAGGAUCCAAAGACCCUUCUUAUAGGGAGGUAAAGGACAAAAUAUAUAUUCCGUCUUAUGUAGGUUUAGAAAAAGGAAUAUGCACACUAUAUGCACACGGAAGCAUAAAGAAUAGGAUCCACCAUCAAUAAGGGUGGAUAUAGAUAAUGGUUGCCAUAUGUUAAUUAACUCAAAGGAACCAUUUUCCUCAAAAGGCUUUCAGUUUCAGACCAUAACUUCAACUUGACUGCAUAUCCAGCUUGUAUGUGUUUCUUUUGAUAAUGUGUUUCAAGAGAAAACUAAGUGAUUUCUGGUAUUCCUUUGCAGAGUCUCAUUGACACGUGCACUGAGAGUGCGGGAGAACUGCUUCGAUCGAAUUUUGGCAAAGAAGUUGUAUAUGAGAACUAAGCACAAGCUGGACCGGGACCAGGUCAAAGACCGAGACCAAAGAUGGUCCCGCUCACCAGACCGGACCCGGUCCAAACACACCUGUUCCUGAACCCGCUCUCCCGACCAUCGAUUGAGCUCUCUCUCUCCCGACCGUCGAUUGAGAUCUUGCUCCCCCGACCACCGCCUGAAAUCCCGAUCCCGUUCCGCCAACCGAACCCGCC